AUGCAGACGAUAAUUAAGUGGAUAUUCAUACCGGCAACGAUGAUUUGGCCUUUUAUCUCUACUGCCUUAUUUACGUUCAAAUUCAACUACCGUGAAGAGUACCAGAACACUUAUUUGACGGAAGAAUUUGAGAAAAUUGACCUGGAUAUGGCAUUGCGCGGUCGAACGAAAGCGUUGCCGCUGAACAAGGAGGAAAAGAAACUUGUAGGGCACUGUUCAACUACUCGGUCCCAAGAUGUCUAUUUCGCCUGCUGA